AUGACCUUCUCCGAUCUGAAGAUUCCCGUCGACAGCAUUGACGACAUCGAUAGUAAUCAGAAGUCUUGGAUGCCGCCGCGAGGGGACAGCAUCCAGAUGUACGUCAACAGCUCCGACGUCCUCAUGGGGAUGAGAAGGGCCGGGAAGGGCUCCUUCAUCAGUCCCGACGAACCGGCGUCCAAGACUAUUGACAAAGUCCGCAGUUCAGCGUACGUCUACAUCGACGAGGUGUCCAAGCUGAACGCCAUGAUGAUGGCCGACUACUACUCCAGCAACCGCACCUGCCACGUGUAUGUGGUGCCCCUCAAGGAUGAGUACAUCAAGUACUCGCUAGCCGCGCCCAAGGGCUCGUCAUUCAACCAAGCCUUCGACCCUUU